AGACGGUCGCGCUCGUAUUUAUAAUUUAGUGAAUGCUAGCUUUCGUCCAGGGAUUGCACAAAUCCCUCCUGAUGCUAUUAAUAUUCGCAGCACUCCGGAUGGCACAUGCAUCGUCGCAUUUGUUAAAGAGGAAAUAAAAGAAGAAAUCGAAAUUAUGCCAUCAAGUCAACUUGACGAUAAAAAUCUUGUGACCAAUUCUGAAAUGCAAGUACCAAAGCAAUUAGUUCGAGGUUACGUGUAUUUUUGCGAAAACUUUAGCCGACACGCUAGUAAAAUUAUCGAUAUUUGUUUCGUUAAAUCUCCUGAAAUAUUUCAAUUUUCCAUGUUUGAAAAUCGACAAAUGCAUUUGACUACAAUUGAUCAAGAAAAAGGCACUUUUAAUUCAGCCAUA